AUGAAGAAAAAGAAAAAGAGUCUUGUGGGUGGAAGAGGAGGAAACAUUCAUAGUAUAGGUGAUGGUGCUAUUGGCAUGGCUACUCUCACUAGCAUAACAUGUAGUGGAGGUGGUGAUGGUCAUUUUGGUGGAGGAAGGGGUGGUGGUGGUGGUUUUGUUGGAGGAGGGGGUGGUGGUUUUGGUGGAGGAGGGGGUGGUGGCGGUGAUGGUUGUGGAGGAGGGGGUGGUGAUGGCGGUGGUGUAGGAGGUGGAGGUGGUGAUGGCGGAGGAGGAGGAGGAGGAGGAGGUGGUGGUGGAUGCUGA